AUGCUCAACGAAUUAAACGAAACAGGGAAGAGAAUAGGACUGCGAAUAAGCAGGAAGAACACUCUGUUAAUGACGAACGCCUACUGCGAGGACGGAGGAAUACAACUUGAAGGCUCCCAAAUUGUGGAGACGUCGUCAUACGUCUACCUGGGAUGUUCUAUGAGUUUGGAAAACGACUUGAAGGAAGAGUUGAACAGAAGGAUGAGAGCAGUAUGGGCAGCAUUUGCACCCGUCAGGGAAGCCACGGACCAACUGACAGACCAAGAUCUCCGAGCCCAUUUGUUUGACUCGACAGUUUUUCCAGCACUUUGCUAG